GGGCCGCCCGGCUCCUGCGGGAGCGGCCGCUCCUCGGGCUCCAGGCUCUCUUUCCUCGUUAGUUAAACGUGUGAGGGGACGCUUGGGGAGAGCUGGUGUUGUACCGGUUGGCUGCCGCCGUGCCUCCCUCAGGCGCCGCCUCGGUGGGGUCGCUCCGGCGCCGCCCCCCGCGCCUCAUCCCUGCCCGACCGCUCUUAAAAAUAUGCACAUAUCUCUCAGAACUUCUUCCUUGCUUACCUCCUGUUGCAGUCACUCCGCGUUACACGAGCGCCCACCUGUCUGAGCUUUCCUGUGGGCGGGCGAAGGUGUCCACCUCUCCCCACUCGAGGCAAAGGCACCCAGAGAUGGGCAGUGUGUGAAUAGUUUGCUGCUGUAUCUUCAAGCAUCUGGUACUGGAGUUUUCAGUUCCUCACUCCCUUUGAGUUCCAAAUUCCCUCACCACGGGAAGCUACUUCUUUUCUAAGGACCAGCUUACUCUGACCUAUCAUGGCAUCCAACAAAUUUGUCAUUAAGUUUGGGAACUUUGCUCUCCUGGUGGAUGUUCUUAUUUUGCCUCAAGGCUCCAGUAAAGACACCAGCUGGUUUUCAGAUCAUGAGAAAGAGGAGCUCUGCAAGCUGCUGGAAGAAGUUGUUGCUUCAAGAGUCCAACACUACUUGGAAGCACGAAAACAACGUGGUCAGUGGAAAUCAGGGGAACACGGAUCUUCUGCUCCUUUGUUUCUCACAGGUGAAAGAAAUUAUUUGACUUGUCAUGAAAUAAAGGAAGCCAACAGUCUCCACAUCACUGCCUACUUCAUGAAGAGAUGGGUUAAUCUCCGUUGCGCUUUAGGGAAACAUUAUCGUGAGCUGCGUGUGUUUCCAGAGAAAUUUAUAGUUUGUGUCAGUAAACUUGACUUUGAUCCAAGUGCUUGGACAGGUGAAAACGAUGCAUUGAAAGAAGAACUUUCCAGUGGGGCAUCUGAAUAUUUUACUGAAUCUACUGAGAACAAGGAGCUUAAGAUCAGUCUGAAUGAACAAAUAAAGCAAGACAUCCUGAAAAGAAUUGUGAAAAGGACAAAACCAAGGAAGAGUAGUGCAAGCCAACCUCAAAUCAGCAAGGGCUCCAAGAAAGUGUCUCUUGGCUCGGUGGACUCGCAGGCAGAGAACAGAAAGAGCGACUGUCAAACUGCUCUCGGUCCUCGCCCUGAUGUGAAACGUCGCAGUCCAGGCCUGCUGAAGGACUGCACAAAUACAGCUGGGAGCAGCUUGGAGCUUCCUGUUUUAGAGCUGGAAAAUUAUGUUAAUCAGAGACAGGCAGAUGAUGUUAGCAGCCAGCAAAAACCUCACGCUCUGGAGUGGUUGGAGUCGAGUCUUCUAAGUGAGAACCCUCCUUGCAGCUCUGAGUCAGCACUGCUGGGUCCAAAACAAAGUCAAAAAGUGACCAAAACACAGGCUCAACUAAAGAGCUGUGGUUCAGAGGAGAAGUUAGAGCAAUGCAAAAAAGUGUCCUCUGAAGGGACUCCCUUAAUUUCUGUCCAUCCAGAAAUGAGUAAGUGCAAUGCUGAUUGUUUGGGUCCAUUCCUGGAGGAGAAGACCCCCCGUAAUUCCAGGUUGUUUUCUAAGCAAGACAGGGCAAAGACUGCAGCUGACAAGCAAUCAUUGACUUGGACAAAAGAACCCUCUCAGCCUCUUUCUGUGAGGAACAGUGGAGUGCAGACAAGCCAACAGGAGCCAAGCACAGGCACUGAGGGAUUGCCUGCGAUGCCAUCACCGAGUCUAGAACUGCAAGCUGUGUCUUCAGAGAAGCUUCCCCAAAAAAGAAAAAAAGAAGCUGAAAAUGGUCUCAGGAAGUUAAAACUUCGAAGGCUUAAGAAGUCAUAAAAUCUGGAGUAUUACCUUGGUGGCACAAGUGGUCACCCAAAUCUGUGUGUAAGCAAAAAGUAGGAAGCAAUUCAAAAUUAUGGAAAAUAGUAAAAAUACGAAAUCAAAAUUAGAGAAGACAUUUUAAGAAAUUUUAGUUAACUAAGUAUGUUAGUCAUUUGGAACCAUAAUGAGGAUAAUCCUUUGAAGUCUUUACAAAUUAGAUAUUAAUAUUGCAUGAACCAGUGUCAUAUUUAUAGAAAGAAAAAUCUCAAUAUUUACUAAGCAAAAUUUUAGUUCUGGGUAUGUUUCAGUGUUAUUAGAAAGUCAUAUCAGCUGAUGGCAGCAAAAUAAAACCCCUUUCCUGGUCUGUUAGCAGCUGCAGUUAUUCAGUGUUUUGCUUGUUUCUGAACACAGUUUAUUUUACGAAAAAUUAAUCCUUUGUGCUAGAAAGUUCAUGGUUUAUUCACAUGAUCUUUACAUCAAUAAGGCAAAUUGAGCUUAUUUCAAAUAAAUCUUUAACCAGAAUUAAUAGCUGAUAAUUUGAGGCCCACCUUUUCAGCCAAAAUAACUGCAGUUUUCUGCUUAUGCAGUUUUGAUAUGAACAUUUAUUUCUAGCCCACGUUGUGGGUACAAGUGAUCAUGCAUUCAGUCUUUGGAAAAGUGAAGGUUGGGUUUAUGUGUUUAGAUUUAUAUAGUUACACCUGGAUUGCAAACAUUGCUCUGGGGUGAAGUUCAGACAUAAACAUAUGGACAUGCAUUUAUUUUUCAAAAUCAGGCCCUGUUUAAUGCAAGGACAACAUUGUGGUUUUCAUGUGUCAGUGAUACCCCAGUUAGUUCUUACUUUAAGACAGAGGUCAUUUUUCAUUGCACGGUGCCUUUUCAUGCUGCUUUUUAAAUUUACAUGCUAAUGAGCUAAGGAAACCUAACUUUAUUUCAUAUCUGCCUUUUAU